AUGAAUACCCUUCGGGCCCCAGAGUGGUUACCAUCGUUUCUCAUCCCCUUCUUUACGCUCUCGUAUCCGACCGCUCCUCCGGCAGCGCCGGACUCUUUCCCCAAUGCUUCCUACUAUGGUGUCGGUAUUCUGGACGGCUGCUUCAUCAUCACAUGCAUCGCCGCCAUGGCCAUGCUACGCGACUUGACGCGACUUUACAUCUCAGAGCCGUUUGCGCGGUGGAAGCUGACGCGCGACCUCAACCGUAGCAAGAGGGAGAACAUACACGUUGAUGGAAAUGGCAAACCGAACGGAAAAACAAACGGGGUGGCGAACGGUAAUGGUGCAGCGCAUAAGAAUGGUUCCGCCGUCUCGAAAAAAGAAGCAAAGAAAAUAUACAGAAGUGUCGUACGAUUCGCUGAACAGGGCUGGUCCGCCAUAUCCUACACUGCCCUGUUCUCUCUUGGCUUGUAUGUUCAUCGCAAUGUCCCCACCAAGGUCUUGCACCCAAGGAAUGUCUGGCUAAAUUAUCCUAAUAUACCCAUUGCUGCUCCAACCAAGUUUUAUUAUCUCCUGGAGAGUGCAUUCUACGUCCACCAAGUACUGAUUCUCAAUGCUGAGGCCCGCCGGAAAGAUCACUGGCAGAUGAUGACGCAUCAUGUCAUCACUGUACUCCUCAUGAUUGGGAGCUAUGUCUACAACCUCACGAGAGUAGGGUGUCUCAUUAUGCUCCUGAUGGAUUGGUGUGACGUAUUCCUUGCGUUGGCGAAGAUGUUCCGCUACCUGGCGCUAUCUACACUUUGCGACGCGACGUUCACGUUCUUCCUGCUGUCGUGGCUUGUCACCCGACAUGUGCUGUUCAUCCUCGCUAUCAAAUGCGCAUUCGACGCCCGUCCUUUUGUCCACAGUGUGCUAGAAAAACAGAACUCAUCUCGGUUGAUCUACGAUACUUUCCUUGCUAUGCUGUCCAUGCUGCAGGGAAUCCAACUCAUGUGGUUCUGGAUGAUCUGUCGAGUGGCGUGGCGAGUUGUCAGCGGUCAAGGCGCUGAGGAUACGCGCAGUGACGACGAAGAAGAUGGCGAAAACCACAAGACGGAACAUAAGAAGGAUUAG